CAUUAGCUCAGAGAAACCAGACACUUCGUCGGGAAGACAACUCCGGGAGCACAGAGUUCCGAUAGAGCAUUUGACUUGGAGUGGAACUGGCAGGGCUGGAGCUACACGCUGUCCUGCUUUGAACGGCCUUUUAGAGCUUUUUGCCUCAGCCUAUCUUUUCGCCCUCCACUGUGCUUUGCUUUCAGCCAUGCAGGAAGAGGAAGAUGGUUACCUUGAGGCUGGCUACUGUCUGGGCACUGCCCUGAGCUCCUGGGGACUGCAUUUCAUGGAAGAGCAUUCACAGUCCACCAUGCUGAUGGGGAUUGCAAUUGGAGCCCUCUUGGCACUGGCCUUUGUUGGUGUUGCCAUCUUUUUUGUGUACAGAAGGGUGAGCAGACUCCGAGAAGCAGAGCCUACCCCUCAGUACAGGUUCCGGAAGAGGGACAAAGUAAUGUUUUAUGGCCGGAAGAUCAUGAGGAAGGUGACCACACUCCCUCAUACCCUGGUUGGGAAUACAGCUGCUCCCCGGCAGCGGGUCAGGAAGAGGACCAAGGUGCUAUCUUUGGCCAAGAGGAUUCUGCGUUUCAAGAAAGAAUACCCUACCCUGCAGCCAAAAGAGCCCCCACCCUCCCUGCUGGAGGCUGAUCUCACCGAGUUUGAUGUAAAGAAUUCUCAUCUGCCAUCAGAAGUUUUGUACAUGCUGAAAAAUGUUCGAGUCCUGGGCCACUUUGAAAAGCCACUGUUCCUGGAGCUUUGCAAACACAUGGUCUUUGUGCAGCUACAAGAGGGGGAGCAAGUCUUCCAGCCUGGGGAGCCUGACACCAGCAUCUAUGUGGUACAGGAUGGACGGUUAGAAGUCUGUAUCCAAGAUGCUGAUGGCACUGAUGUGGUAGUCAAAGAGGUUCUGCCAGGGGACAGCGUCCACAGUCUCCUCAGCAUUCUGGAUGUGAUCACUGGUCACAUUGCAUCCUACAAAGCAGUUUCCGCUCGUGCAGCUGUUUCAUCCACUAUUCUACGGCUUCCUGCAGCAGCCUUUCAAGGAGUCUUUGAGAAAUACCCAGAAACUUUGGUGAGGGUGGUGCAGAUCAUCAUGGUUCGGCUGCAGCGGGUGACUUUCCUGGCUCUGUACAACUACCUGGGACUGACCACAGAGCUCUUCAACCCCGAGAGCCAAGCCAUCCCUCUCUUAUCAGUAGCCAGUGUGGCAUCUGGACGGGCCAAGAGGCAGAUGUCCUGUGGCCUGGAGGAGCGACUUGAGAAGCUCCCACGAUCCCUGGAAUCUUGUGACUCAGAUCAUGGGGGCAGCUGCCCAGUGGUCUCUGGGCCUCUGCUGAAGAGGAGCUGCUCUGUCCCUCUACCUUCCACCCAUCGGGAGAUUGCAGAUGAGCUCAGACAGUCCCAGGGAAGCUGCCCUGACCCUUCGGCCACCCAAGAAGGCCAUGAGGGGGCUACCUCAGACCUGGGAAUGGCAUAUGACCGUGCCAGGGUCAUGCCACACUCAGAUGAGCACCUUGGGAACUUUCUGGCCAGCAAGUCCAAGAAAAAUGUGAUUGUUGCAGAGACCCCCUCUGCUAUCUUCCACUACUCAGAGAGUCCCUGGGACGAGACUGGGGUCAGUGAGAAGACAGAUGCUAUCUUCAGAGCUGCCAAAAAGGACCUCCUCACCCUGAUGAAACUGGAUGACCCAUCCCUGUUGGAUGAUCGGGUGGCAUUUCUCCAUGUCCCUGCAGGCACCAUAGUGUCAAAACAGGGAGAUCAGGAUGUCAAUAUCUUGUUUGUGGUCUCGGGCCUGUUACAUGUAUACCAGCGUAAGAUCGAUAGCCUGGAGGAUACCUGCCUGUUCCUUACACACCCUGGUGAGAUGGUGGGCCAGCUGGCGGUGCUCACUGGUGAGCCCCUAAUGUUCACCAUCAGAGCCAACAGAGACUGCAGCUUCUUGUCCAUCUCCAAGGCACACUUCUAUGAGAUCAUGAGGAAACGGCCAGACAUCGUCCUGGGCGUGGCACACACUGUUGUGAAGAGGAUGUCAUCCUUUGUGCGGCAGAUAGACUUUGCUCUAGACUGGAUGGAGGUGGAGGCUGGGCGAGCCAUAUACAGACAAGGAGAUAAGUCCGACUGCACAUACAUUGUCCUCAGUGGCCGGCUGCGCUCUGUGAUCCGGAAGGAUGAUGGAAAAAAGCGUCUGGCUGGGGAGUAUGGCCGUGGAGACCUUGUUGGUGUGGUGGAAACACUGACCCACCAGGCCAGGGCAACCACUGUACAUGCCGUCCGGGACUCAGAAUUGGCCAAGCUGCCAGCAGGAGCUCUGACAUCCAUCAAGCGCAGGUACCCACAGGUUGUGACCCGAUUGAUUCAUCUCUUGGGCGAGAAAAUUCUGGGCAGCCUUCAGCAGGGAUCUGCAACAGGUCACCAGCUUGGGAUCCACACAGCAAGCAGCAAGUGGGACUUGGGGAACCCAGCCGUCAACUUGUCCACGGUGGCAGCAAUGCCUGUAUCUGAGGAUGUACCCCUCACUGCCUUUGCUCUGGAGCUCCAGCAUGCCCUCAGUGCCAUCGGUCCUGUUCUGCUGCUGACCAGUGACAACAUCAAACAACGUCUCGGCUCUGCUGCUCUGGACAGUAUCCAUGAGUACCGGCUGUCCAGUUGGCUAGGGCAGCAGGAGGACAUCCACCGGAUUGUGCUGUACCAAACAGACAGCACACUCACACCCUGGACCCAGCGCUGCAUCCGUCAGGCUGACUGCAUCCUCAUUGUGGGCUUGGGUGAGCAAGAGCCAACGGUGGGUGAGCUGGAACGGAUGUUGGAGAACACAGCUGUGCGUGCCCAGAAGCAACUGAUCUUGCUGCACAAAGAGGAGGGCCCAGUGCCAGCCCGCACUGUGGAAUGGCUCAACAUGCGGAGUUGGUGCUCUGGCCACCUGCAUCUCUGCUGCCCACGCCGUGUCUUUUCCAAGAGGAGUCUGCCCAAGCUGGUUGAGAUGUACACACGCGUUUUCCAGCGACCCCCAGACCGGCACUCAGACUUCUCCCGCCUGGCAAGGGUACUGACAGGCAAUGCCAUUGCCUUGGUGCUUGGAGGGGGUGGAGCAAGAGGCUGUGCUCAGGUAGGUAUCCUCAAGGCCCUAGCGGAGUGUGGCAUCCCUGUGGACAUGGUUGGAGGAACAUCCAUUGGGGCUUUCAUGGGUGCCCUAUUUGCUGAGGAACGGAGCUACAGCCAGAUGCGGAUCCGGGCCAAGCAGUGGGCAGAGGAUAUGACAUCCAUGGUGAAGACCAUACUGGACUUGACCUACCCAAUCACGUCCAUGUUUUCUGGAACUGGCUUCAACAGUAGUAUCAGCAGCAUCUUCAGAGACAGGCAAAUUGAGGAUCUGUGGCUCCCCUACUUUGCCAUUACUACCGACAUCACAGCCUCUGCAAUGCGGGUCCACACAGAUGGCUCACUAUGGAGGUAUGUCCGUGCCAGCAUGUCCCUGUCAGGCUACAUGCCCCCACUCUGUGACCCCAAGGAUGGACAUUUGCUGAUGGAUGGGGGUUACAUCAACAACCUUCCAGCGGAUGUGGCCAGAUCCAUGGGGGCAAAGGUGGUGAUUGCCAUUGACGUGGGCAGCCGGGAUGAAACAGACCUCACCAAUUAUGGCGAUUCCUUGUCUGGGUGGUGGCUGCUUUGGAAACGCUGGAACCCCUUGGCCACAAAAGUCAAGGUGUUGAACAUGGCUGAGAUUCAGACCCGUCUGGCCUAUGUGUGCUGUGUCCGGCAGCUGGAGAUGGUGAAGAACAGUGACUACUGUGAAUAUCUGAGGCCCCCCAUUGACAGCUACCGCACCCUGGACUUUGGAAAGUUCGAUGAAAUCUCUGAAGUUGGGUAUCAACAUGGACGGACAAUAUUUGACAUCUGGGUUCGGAGUGGUGUACUAGAAAAGAUGCUGCAGGACCAGCAGGGGACAAGCAAGAGGAAGGACUGUGAGGUCCUCACUUGCCCCAAUGCCUCUUUCACGGACCUUGCCGAGAUCGUGUCACGCAUUGAACCAGGCAAGGUGGCUGCAGUGGACGAUGAAUCUGACUAUCAGACUGAGUAUGAGGAGGAGCUGCCAGACAUCCCCAAGGACACAUAUGCUGACUUCCAGAGCACUGGGGUUGAGUUGGACUCUGACUCGGUGAGGAGGACAAUCCUUCACUAUUGCAAUGGCACCCUGGCCUGGCUUCCUCAGAACAGCCCCAGGACUCCUUUCCCUGGCUCCCUGACAAAGAUAAGCAGGAGCCUGGGCACUAAUGCCCCUCCUGCUGGAACUAUCUUUCCCUGAGCUUGACCAGGAGAUUGAGGCCCUACCCACUCCAGGAUUGAGGCUACUUCAUCUACCUGACUACAGGCAGUGUAUUUAUUUGGUUUUUUCCAGGGGCCUGGGCUGCAUCAAAGGAUUCUUGGGCCUCUUUCGUGCACCGGUACCUCUUACAUCCUAGCAGCAACACUGGGAGGGGAGAGGGGGCCUUUGUGAGGUAUGAGAGUACUGGAUUGGCAUGUUAAUAAAGGUUGAUACGAUUGUGUGGAUGCUUCA